UAUUAGAAGUUGUAGUGAUUUGACACAGGAGGCACGUUGCUAUGAGUUGCUCUUUCUCAAUUUUGCAAUUGCAAGUGAAGAAGCCCUAAUUUUUUGCAGAUCUGGAAAUGGCGACGGCAACAUACCCUCCACCGCCACCUUAUUACAGGCUUUACAAAGAUUACUUGCAAGACCCUAAUUCUGCUCCCGACCCUCCACCACCUAUUGAAGGCACUUAUCUUUGUUUUGGAGCCAAUUACACUACUAGUGAUGUUCUACCUACCUUGGAAGAACAAGGGGUGCGCCAGCUCUAUUCUAAGGGCCCUAAUGUUGAUUUCAAGAAAGAGCUGAGGUCACUCAACGGAGAGUUGCAACUACAUGUUUUGGAGCUUGCUGAUAUUCUUAUUGAGAGGCCUUCACAGUAUGCAAGAAGAGUAGAAGAAAUUUCAACUGUAUUCAAAAACUUACAUCACCUUUUAAAUUCAUUGCGUCCUCAUCAGGCGAGAGCAACAUUGAUUCAUAUUUUGGAACUUCAGAUACAGCGUCGUAAACAAGCAGUGGAAGACAUAAAGAAGAGGAGAGAAGAAGCCCGAAGGCUCCUUAACGAGUCCUUGGCAACACUUGAUGGCCAUUAGAGCAUUCUCUAUCUUGUAUUCACAGCAAGAAUCUACCGAGGAAAUUAAUUUUAUUUGAAAAGUGAAUUUUGUCCUCUAGAUUUUAGCAAAUGAAAAGAUUAAAACAAGAAGUUGUGCGACUUCCUUGAAAAUGGUCACUUGACAUAACUGUCUCAUGUUCUUGAUGAAGGCUGUUUUGCAGCAUGUGCAAAGAUAUUAGAAAUAGAAGAAUUGUGUUAAGAGUGUUGCUACUGUUCUUAGAAAUAUUUUUAGUAGUGUAUAAAGUCUGAAGUCUGAACUAUUAAUGGAUGGACCUGUCAGUCUGCAUUAUUAUUAUUAUUAUUAUUAUUAUUAUUAUUAUUAUAGGAUAGUGUUACGA